AUGCCAUCAACCCUUGCAUCAAUCGCACCCGUGCUCUGGGGUUGUCUGGCGCUGACGCCCCUGGUUCAUGCUCACAGUGAGACGCUUGUACGUCCUACGCGCUAUCGGACCAAUGUUAGUUUCCGGAGUUAUACAAGCGACACGCAAUCCGCCUGCUUUACCCUCGACUCGCAAACCCCAGUAGUCACCUUAGAUUACGGCACCGAAGCUGCAGGCUUUCCCUACUUGGAGGUCGAAACGCUUUCAACCCCUGUUCAGAUCGAGGCCAAGUAUAGCGAGCCCUAUACCGGGCUAGACGAGCCAUUUGCAGACGGCCCGUUUGACUUUGCCAAUGGUCUCUCCAACACCUUCCGCGUCGAGACCUUCAACGUCACGUCCACCGGGCGUGUCGAGUCGUUUUUCAUCCAGGGGGGUCAGCGUUGGCAGAGCCUGAAGCUGCUGACGGACGGCAGCAUUCGAAUCUGCGAUGUUGGUUUGAGGUCUGAAAAUGAUCGGACGCCCGUUGACCGGCUUCCGGGCUUUUUCGAAUCAUCGAGCAGUCUCUACAACAAGAUCUGGGCCCUGGGGGCGCGGACGGUGCAGCAAGCAUGCAUCGCAGCGGGUGCAGCACCUUCUACGUGGGAGGUCACCGAGAACGGAAUGUAUCUGCGAGGACAGCAACCUGCCCAGUCGGUCAAGGGAGUGUCAUUCGACAAUUACACCCUGACAUUCGAUACGAAGAUUGUGCGGGGAGGGACUGGCUGGAAAGUGGCCGCCGGCGUGGGCGGAUACGGCGCCUACUUCGUCCUCACCAGUGAAUAUCCUCCCGAGUCAACAUUCGUCAACGUCAACAGAACGGUCGUGCCGUCCAAUACCCUGGCGGUGGGUUAUGGAUGGAACCUGGUCAAUCAGACCUCCCUGACCUCAGGAAAGGUCAAUUACUACCCGCUGCCAUUUGGUGUCAAAGAAGAUCAAUGGUACCACAUCGCGACCUUUAUCAAUGCCACAGGAUACGGGGUGACAGUCAACGAAACCGAAGUCUUUGUGCCCUUAGCCGAUCUACAGACCCCGGCUGGCACAAUCGGCGGGUCAGGCAGUUUAACGGGUGGCACGUGGGGAUUUGGCCCAUAUCAGGACCAAGUGGCAUUGAUCAGGGAUGUGGAGGUACACGCUCAAAACGGCACCCUGCUCUACCAAAACCCAAUGACCUCGGAUGCAGUGCUGGAAGAAUAUGGCGUCCUGCCUAAUACCCACGCUGUCUGCUUGGAUGGUGCGAAACGCGACCGACUCGUGUGGUCGGGCGACUUCUUCCACACCUACCGGAUCAUCCAAGCCAGCACCUAUCGCAAUGACUUCAUCUUGGGGACUUUGGAGUACCUGAUCGACCGCCAGGCCGGCAACUCCUCGGUGUACGAGGGGCUCUUCAGCAUGUCGCCGCAGAUGGGCCAGUCGGCCAAGUACACUGACAUUUACAGCUCCUUUGGCCUGCUCGACUACCAGUUCUUCACGUUGGAGGCAGUGGCUGGCUACUACAAGAAUUCCGGCGACCGAGCCUUUCUCCAGAAAUAUUGGUCGAAGGUUGAAAAAGGAGUGGAAGCGGUACUGCGGCUCGUCGACGAGCAGACUGGUCUUGCAGUUACUGACAAUAUCGGGGCGUUCUUCUUGGGGUCGAGCAAUGGGACUGCGGCAUCGGCUCUGCUCGCUCAUGCUCUGAGCGAGAUGGCCGACCUCGCAACUGCUGUGAAUGCAACCGAAUCGGCUAGCUCGUGGAGUCGGUCUGCUCAAACCAUCAAACAAGCUGUCAACCAGCAUCUCUGGAACCCAGUACUGGGAAUAUACGGCGUAGACAUCGGCACUCUGGACGAACAGGCGAUUGCAGGCAGCGCAUGGGCGAUUCUGUCCGGCAUCGCCAACGCGACCCAGUCCCAGUCUACGAUUGCAGCGCUUGCAUCUUUGCGUCUAGGUAUCGGGUACAAGAGUUCUACCUCGGCCGCAAACUCCUCGAGCACCAACCUUGCACCGUUCCUGUCAGGUUUCCUGCUCGAGGCGCUGUUCCAAGCCAGUCACAAUAGCGCGAAUGCAUCGACGGAGCGCACCACUGCUAUCAGCGUGCUGCUGGACCAAUUGUGGGCCGCAAUGGUCACUCAAGAUGAGUACUACACAGGGACCUCGUGGGAAUAUCUGUAUCCUGAUGGUCGGCCCGGUCUGGACUUGUAUACCUCCCAUGCCCAUCCCUGGGGCGGCGCUCCGACCUACGUCUUGUCGGAGUAUGUUCUUGGCGUUCAGUCGACAUCCCCUGGGUUCGAUACGUGGGUGUUUCAGCCUGCAAUUCUGGAUGUGGAUGUCUCGUGGGCCCGGGGUCGCGUCCCCACCCCUCGAGGACCGAUCCAGGCCAGCUGGCGGCUGGGUGGUGCUGACAGGACGAGCCUGCAGCUGCAGGUUUGUGGGCCGAAGAGGACGACGGGCGUCGUUAAACUGCCACUUGCUGUUGACUCGUACACAGUCGAUGGAAAGACGAAGAGUAGCGGCAAUGGGACACUGGAGGUUGCAGUUGCGGGUGGAAAGUGUGCUGAUGUUCGCGUGUCACUCGCAUAG